AUGAUCAAACUAAUUCUUAUGUGUAUUGUUUCUCUAGAAACAGGUUUUGUGACUAGUGUCUUUGUAAUUCAAUCUGAAAAGCUGCAGAUGUUUGUACCAGGAUCAGAUUUAAAACAUCAGCAUUACAUUAAAGAAGUUGUAUACCAGGACCAGACACAGGACAGUCAAUUAAAAGAGUCGCUUCAUCCAGGAGACAAUGUGACUCUGCAGUGUACAGUAGUCGCUGAGCGCUGUGCAGAAGAACACAGUGUGUUCUGGAUCAGACAUGGUUCAGGAGAAUCUCAUCCAGGAAUCAUUUACACUGAUGGAGACAGCAGUGGUCAGUGCGAGAACAGAUCUGAUGCUGCAUCUUCUACACAGAGCUGUAUAUACAGUCUCCCUAAGAGGAACCUCAGCACCUCUGAUGUUGGAACUUACUACUGUGCACUAGCUACUUGUGGGAAAAUUCUGUUUGGUAAUGGCACUACACUUGAAUUAACAGGAACAGGUUUUGUGACUAGUGUCUCUGUAAUUCAGCCUAAAAAGCUGCAGACGUUUGUACCAGGUCAGACAGUUACUUUAUUUUGUAAAAUUUCUGAAUUUAAUGGAAAUUACCUCUACUGGUUCAGACAGUCUCUUGGAGAAGGACCAACCUGCAUUGUCACCCUUUUCGGUGCUACAUCUGAAUUUUAUGGAGACUUUAAACAUGAUAAAAGAUUUACAGCAAAAAAGAAUGGAAAUCUGUUUACUUUAACAAUUAACAACACAAAGCCAAAUGACACUGCAAUUUAUUACUGUUCUAUUUGGGAUUAUGAUCUUAAUAUUUUCGGAAAUGGAGUAUUUCUCAGUUACGAAGGAUCAGGUAUAAAUCAUCAGCAUUACAUUAAAGAAGUUGUAUCACUGGACCAGACACAGGACAGUCUGAAAUUAAAAGAGUCGCUUCAUCCAGGAGACAAUGUGACUCUGCAGUGUACAGUAGUCACUCAGAGCUGUGCAGGAGAACACAGUGUGUUCUGGAUCAGACAUGGUUCAGGAGAAUCUCAUCCAGGAAUCAUUUACACUGAUGGAGACAGCAGUGAUCAGUGUAAGAACAAAUCUGAUGCUGGAUCUUCUACACAGAGCUGUAUCUACAGUCUCCCCAAGAGGAACCUCAGAACCUCUGAUGCUGGAACUUACUACUGUGCUGUAGCUACUUGUGGAGGGAUUCUGUUUGGUAACGGCACUACACUUGAAUUUACAGGAAGUAAGGAUGAAUAUAGUCAAAUUUACUGGGGCAUCCUGGGAUUGGCGUUAUUAAACCUCAUGUGUUUUAUUAUCAUUGCUGUCCUAUUGUGGUCAUUGGCAAAAAACAGAAACAUGUGCCCAUCUGGAUCAGAGACCAGAAUGAGUGUUCCAACAUUUGAACCUAAGCGACCACAUGCAUCUGCUUCUUUCAUUGAUGAGAGUGUGGAGAGAGAGGACAUGAGCUAUGCUGCACUUAGAUUCCAAGCAAAGAAAUCUAAGAAGCAAGAAACACAAAGAGACUCGCACCAAACUAUCAUAUACUCCUCAGUUAGAGAUUGA